AUAUCUGUGAUUGUGAGCUGCAGCUAUUGUCAAGAAAAUAAAAGCAAUUAAUAAAAAUAUGGUUAAAUACUGUGAAACUAGGUAUAUACUAUCUUGGUUCGUCAAGAAUGUUAUAAUUUCAUAUAGACAAUAAGUCUAAUUAACUUCGAUACCGUGAUACAACUUGGAUAUUUAAGUAUUGAAUAGAAUUUUGAUGUGUCAUUUUUAUUGACAUUUAUAGAGAUUUUAAUGAAAUCACUAACAGGUAAAACAGUUUUGGAAAUCUUACGAAUAUACUUGAAGUUUGAUAACGAAUAGAAAGUAAAUUUAUAAUGCCAGUGUCAUCCGUGUACCAUGAACGUCAUGUUAAACUACGAAUAUAUCAUAUUAUUUAAAUGACUACUCGAAGAAGACGAGGAAAUUCUGAUUCAGAUCAACCGUUCACAAAUAAUUAUACCACUCAGGAGUCUUCAGUUGCUUAUUCAGGCGAAAAAGAAUCUGGCAAAAUAAUGCCACGAGACCGCACUGCUGAAUUCAAUAGUGCAGUCAGAUCACUUCAAGGUCGACAAAUAGCAAGAGCUGUGCAAGUUCGUGAUGUAAAAAAAGUUAAAGCUCUUCAAAGUUAUGGGGAGUUUAUGAUGAUAGCCAAAAGUGUUGGCUACAACAUUAGUAAUACAUAUGCAAAAUUAGAAAAAUUGACGUUACUUGCCAAACGGAAAUCGUUAUUUAAUGAUAGACCUCAAGAAAUUCAAGAGUUGACUUAUAUUAUUAAAGAGGAUUUGAAUAGUUUAAAUCAGCAAAUUGCAAAAUUACAAGAAGUUGCUAAACUGCAAAAAGCUACUCAGAAUAAUGUUGGACGAAAGCAUUUAUUGUCACAUGAGUCUAGUGUUGUAUUAUCAUUACAAUCAAAGUUGGCAAAUAUCUCAAAUGAAUUUAAACAAGUUCUUGAAAUUAGAACAAAAAAUUUAAAACAUGCCAAAUCAAGAAGAGAUCAAUUUUCUCAAGGAAAUAAUUUAGCUGCAUUAUCGGACUCAUCAGCUCUAGUUCCAAGACACAAUUCUCUUUUAAUGUCUAGUAAUCAAUGUGCUAUCAACAUGGAUAAUAAUGGUGAUCAAGAUCGUCUACAGCAAGUCACACAACAGACACAAGCAUUGGCGGUUUAUGAUAAUACUGAUCAAUAUCUGUACAGUAGGGCAGAGACCAUGCAAAAUAUUGAAUCAACUAUUGUAGAAUUGGGAGGAAUAUUUCAACAACUUGCACAUAUGGUUAAAGAACAAGAAGAAAUGGUUGAGAGAAUCGAUUCCAAUGUUCAAGAUGCUGAACUGAGUAUUGAAGCGGCUCAUACUCAAAUACUACGUUACUUUCAAUCAGUUACUUCCAAUCGAUGGCUAAUGAUAAAAAUAUUUGGUAUUUUAAUAUUUUUUUUUAUAUUUUUUGUUGUAUUUAUUUCGUAAACAUGCAUAUCUACUUUGUUUUUUCAUAUCUAGACAAAUUGUUGUUAAUCCAUACACUGUUGUCCAAUUACAAAAUUAUGAAAUAUCUGUAAAAUAAAUAAAUACUAUAUAACCUAUUAUUACAUUUUAUUAUUACACAUUUGUUAAUUAUUUGUUAUAAUAUUGCUUAAAAGUAUUUUAAAUUUUAAUAAAUUUUAAUCUCAUAA